AUGCAGGGCGGGGCCACCAUUGUUAUGGCUGUCAUGGUAAUCUCGUCAUAUGCCGUGUCAAUUUUCAUGAGCAGAGCAAUGGGCAUGAAGGGCAAGGCUGUCAGCAUUGAUCAGUUGCAUGAAAUUGGCAAUGUGCCAUAUUUGCAUGAGCACUACGUCUCCAGAGGCAAGGUUGAGGAGAUCAUCCAAGGCUGGCUGACACAGGCACCAGCAGAUGGAGUUCAUCCAAGAGUGUUCAUUGAAGGCAUGGCAGGGAUUGGCAAAACAGCAUUGGCAAUGUUUGCUGUCAAGAGCACUGUGGGGCAUUUUUGGAGUGGCACCUUCUGGCUGCAGGCCAAGUCGUCUAGUGCACGCACUGUUCUCUCAUAUUUUGAGGAGCUCCAUAAGCGAAUGUCAGAUCUGUUCGUUCCCAGUCUCUCUGUCUCGCAAAAAGGACAGGCUACAUGGAGACUUGAUGAGUUUGUGGUGUCAAUCAAUGGUAUGCUGGAAAGGAGGACUUGCCUCGUGGUUCUUGAUGGGGUGCAGAGUCCAGAGGUGGUGGAAGUCAUGCUGCAGCUCAAAUGCACUCUGCUCAUCACUACUCAAGUGAGAAGCAUGCUCAGCAAUCAGACACAGUUCAAGCAUGCUGAUGUGGCACCUAUGGAUAUUGACAAUUCUCACAAGCUGUUUCUGAAACUGGUGCCAAAUGGGGUGCAACAAGAGGGAGUGGAAAAGGUACUGGAGUCAUGUGGAGGGCACCCCCUGGCAUUGUCCAUUGUAGGAACACUGUUCCAGGAUGCAAUGACGCCAGCGAGAGUGGGGAAGGAAGCUGAUGUUGGCCAUCUGGUGACAAAAUUACAGGAUCCACGCUGCAGGCUGCAGAUGCACAUCAAAUCUGAGACCAUUCUGCACAUUCCAGAUGUGGAGAAGCAUUCAACAGUCAUGAGAUGCUUCGAUUUUUCACUUGAUGCCCUGAACAAGCAUGAAAGGGAGAUGUAUGUGUUGCUGGCAGCUCUGCCGCCCAGAUCGCAGGCCACCACUCAUCAGCUGGGUGCCAUUUGGCACCUGCAGGACGACCAGGCACUGUGUUUGGCAAAGAAGCUUGAGCGGUAUUGCUUUCUUCAGAAAUAUGUACCCAGUGACGACCCCAAUGUGACUUCAAACCAGUGGGGCAUGCAUGUGCUUCAGCACGACUACAUCAAAGUGCUAAGGGAGGCAAUGCUACACAAUGUGCAGCAGUGA